AUGACAUGGCGUGGUAGCUCUUCGUUGUCUUGUUUGAGUAUUCUUAGAGCGUCUUUUCGUGUAGCGGACAGGAAGAGAGGAGAGGAGAGUUUCAAAAGUAAGGCACUUCGAUUUCGCGUUGAAGAAGUGAAUGAACAGCGAAAGACGAAACGUGAGUUCACUCGUAAACUUCGACACUAUAUAAACAACCCAUCGUCUGCCCUGGAGACAACCAACCCAUCGUGGGUCCUGGUGGCAACCUAUCCACCGGGCCUCGACCGUGCCACCGGCGACCAUUGCAAGGACGAAGAGUCCGCGCACCAGAAUAGCCGUGGCCUGCUAUGGACCCGGCACGGGCGUGGGACUUCGAAGAGUCCCGGCUCCACAGGUGUGGCUAAGAUGAGGUUGCGAAAUGAUGACAACAGAAGUGUACUAGAGAAGGUGAUGAUAGUUUGGAUGACAAUAGAAUGGAAGUUGACGGCAAAGUGUGGUUUUCGACUGAUUGAAGUAUUGCAGAUGAAAUUUCACCAAUGUGAUGCUGAGACAGAAAAGCUGAGCAGAAGAAGAAGAGGCGCAACGAGUGAUUGGGAGACUUCAAGUAAGGUGCGGGGUCGAGUCUGGACAUUUUUAGUUGGUGAUGUUUUGUAUUCCAGAGAUGAAUUUUGUGUGUGGGAUUGUGCAUUUUGGCCAGGAAUUGAGUUGUUAACUUCCUACGAGUGCGCCGUCUCAAGGAGUAAGACGAUUAUCAUCGGUGUUUCAACCGUAGCCAGUAUGGAAGUGAUAGAGAGGGCGAGAGCUGUGAUUCGAGCAGAAUGGACUUGGCCGAUCCCUGUCAUGCGAGGAGUCCAGUUCUAUGCUUCGUCGAUCCUCCGUAUCAGGGGAGUUGAGCUGCGCUUAGACUCAUCCUACAAAGCCGGCACUACCAUAAGGAACGAGAAGCUGAGCGACUACUUCGCUGUGUUGGACCUGUGA